AUGGUGAUUGGCGGCGAUCCUGAUGGCGCGGACGACUUCGAUUUCAAUCGGAUCUGUGUGUCGCGGGAAGACCGGCUUGCAUCGGUACUCACCUUCCUACGAAGGCAGGAUCUCAACUGGGGAGAUCUUGUCCUCUAUGUCUCCGACCCCAGCUCGAAGAACGGUGAUGCGCGGUUUGAGGGCAUGUUUGGGAUCCCCGGGCGAGUCGAAGCGGUCUUGAGCCAUUGGACAUCGUCGCAGAACAGUCCAACUGCACGCAGUGCGAUUCAUGAGUGGAUCCUCGAGUACGUGAAACGGCACGUUGCUCACGAGGGUCACCAAGCAACGCGAGACGGCCUACUUCAAUCACGCAAGAAGGUGGUUGACGAGGCGUUUGCGCUGAACUUCAGCUUGAUGGGACUAUACGAUCGCCUGCGCGCCCUCUGCCCGACGAUGGCUGCAAUGCUUCGGGAGUUCUCAAUGACGACUCGGCAGAUGAAGACGCUUACCGCAAAGUCCGAGCAACGCAAUGACCAGCGUGUCGGUGCCGCAUUGAUGUCCCUCCUGGGCGAGCGAAGCCAGAAUAAUAGCUACGCCAAGCACGUUGUAGGCCUGUAUCUGUAUGCGUCUGGCGCACAGCGCCAGACAAUCAGUGUCCUAUCGCACAUAGGUAUCUGCAGUAGCUAUACCAGCAUUGCCGGAACCUCUUCCACCACCCGCGAUCAUCCCGAUGCUUCUACCGACCCUGGCGACCUUGAAGGCAGUAGUGUGCCAAUACCACUCUCUGAACGACGCGCAGGUCUCCUCCGGCGUUUAUCAGAAGCUUGUCGCUCUAGCGCGCGAGCGCAGGUCCGCAUUCAUGAACUUGGACAUGUCUAUGACAAUAUCAACUGGAUUCUCAAUGCUCCCGAGCAGACGAUGGGUCACAAGAGCUCUGUUGAGAGCGGGACGUGCGCCACCGUUUUCCCUCUAUUCCAGGCACCACCGGCAGACAUGAAGACCGUCGACUUCUUGAACGCAUUUACCAACGCGCCACCACUCUCCCGUGAAGACGUUCUCCUUACCCCUGCUGAAACUGACCAGCUCGACUCAUUUCUCGAACACGCGCUGCUCCGCGUCAUUGUCUCGCAUGGUGGAGACGGGUUCACGCGCUUCUGCGAGGAGGUCGACCACCUGCAACCAAAGACGCCCGACCGCAUUGCUCUCCACAAGACAGACGUGUACCCGCUUCGUGCAAUGAACAUCGAAGAGGCGACAGUGAAGGGCAAUGCAGAGGUCUUACAGGCUAUGUUCACUGAGCUGGGACAUGACCUCAGCUCGCCGGCUUUCACGGAAACCGUUAAGGUUGUCUUUGGUGACCAGCUAUCCGUCGCUCGGGUGCGAUCUGUCAUCAACAAUCGCGCCGGCCAUGAUUCCUUCUCCAAUUCAUAUCUCUUCACUGCUUUCGCCCCUGGCUUCUUCCAUUACCAGAUGGCCGCCGCUCACGGAUUGCUCGAGACACACUGGGGAAGCCCUAGCCUAGGUCUUCAUGAUCCGGCCUCCCUCGUCUGGCACAACACGGUCUUGGACCGUAAGCCUUUCAUCCUCAGCAAUCGCCCGCCGUACCGUAUUGGACGUGAUCUCAUAUUCCAUUCGCUAUACGGCCGCAUCAUCCAUUGCUUAGAGCUUGUCUCUGGGUGCGAGGACCUUGAGGAAUACUCAUAUGCGGUUACUCUUGGCGACCUGAAGCAACACGUACAACAGAUUAUGGAUCGGUUCGUCAAUCCAGCCGCCGUGUCGACGCUGCGCAGCGCACGCGCACGCGAAGUACUUCACAAUUCUCUUGAUGACCCAGGCGAGCCAAUGCCAAAGCUGACGCAGGGAGACAUGGUGUAUGAGAACGCAUGUCUCUUCCUCCGCGAUGCGCUCGUUCUGCGCGAGAUGAAUGAUUCAAUCAAGGCCGGUGACUCUGGCCGGCUCGUCAUCGUUUUGAAGGUCUUGGCGUUGAGCUACCGAGGCAGUGGGCGAACCAAGUACGCACAGGAGCUGCUGUUCCUCAUACACAACCUUACUCAUGUAUGGCCGAAGCCAUUGAAGUACAUAAUCAUGAAGAAUUGGCUCGUCAACACUACCGGCAAGGCAAACCACUGGUUACCUGUAGAUCUACUACAGGAACAUAACAACCUGUGGACAAAGACAAUAUAUAGUGCGCAGGGCAGCGGCGCAUCCUGGGACUGGCUCGAGAUGAUCUCACCAUGCAUCAACGUUCUCCGUCACCUGGUAACCAACAUGAAUGAUGCUCUGGGCUCGAGACAAGGGACAAAGCACGCCGCACCUAAUAUUGCUCGAGAUAUUGAAGCACUUCGGUCCUCGUUGGCGGAGGCCCGCGUGUACGAGAUACAGCCCGGCCGAGUCAUUGAGGGAGACAAGGGAAGUGUUCCUAACAUUGUUUCUGCAGGCUUAACACAGCUUGCGGGACCGCUUACCGAGUACAACAAGACGUUCCAAUUGCUUAAAGACCGCCGCCGCCGCACGAUACCACUGGUCGGUGCGACCCCGGCCGCCACGACUGCGACCAUGGCGCCGCGAAGCGAAGGGCCAGUGGCAGAUGGCCCUGUUCAGGAUUUGACGGCCUCUGCAUCACGAUCUGUGGGUGAUAGCGGCACAGAUGUCCCUGCAGAGGUGCAGGCCACAGACGAAACCGCACUGGAAAGCGAUGAUUCGGAGGAUGAGCUGGUCGCGGAAUGGCUGCAGCCGCAGGAAUUUUUCUCGUUGGAUAACGAGGAUGACGUAGAUAUGAAUUAUGAUUAG